UGACCUGAAAAGGAAGAUUCUGGGCUUCUGACUGAACCUCCCUAGCAUGUUGGGGUGCUAAGGAGAGAAGGAGGUCCACAGAGGCAGGGUCCAAGGCAGAAAAGAGGAAGUGUGUGAGUGCAGGUGGAUGGUGCAAAAGCAGGAGCUCAGGGCUGGGAGAACCGUCAUCCUCUGGACUUGGAGAGCCAGCAGUGGGGCAGGCCAGCUUGUGCACAUGAAGAUGUGGGGGUGUGAAUAAUGUGUGUCAGUGUUCAUAUGUGUGUGAGGAGGUGUAAGAAAGCACACAGCUGCAAGCAGAGUUGCGGACCCUAAAAGAAUCUUUCAGCAAUUUCUCCUCCAGCACCCUGAUGGAAAUCCAGGCUCUGGGCUCCCAUGGGGACAUUGCAGGUGACAAGGUGACAUCCCUGGGAGCCACACUGGAGAAACAUCAGCAGGACCUAAAAGCAGAUCAUGCCACCUUGCUCCUUCACCUGAAGCACUUCCCACUAGAUCUGCGUAUCCUGACAUGUCAGAUGGCAUUUUUCCAGAGCAACGGCACAGAAUGCUGUCCUGUUAACUGGGUGGAACAUGAAGGCAGCUGCUACUGGUUCUCUCGUGCUGGGAAGACCUGGUCUGAGGCCGACAAGUACUGCCAGCUAGAGAAUGCCCACCUGGUGGUCAUCAACUCCAGAGAGGAGCAGAAAUUCAUUUUACAACACACAGGCGCCUUUCAUAUCUGGAUAGGACUCACUGACAGCGAUGGCUCCUGGAAAUGGGUGGAUGGAACUGACUACAGGCAUAGCUAUAGGAACUGGGCUAUCACUCAGCCAGACAACUGGCAGGGCCAUGAGCCGGGCAGAAGUGAAGACUGUGUUGAGCUCUUGACAGAUGGACGCUGGAACGACAACUUCUGCUUAGAGGUGAACCGCUGGGCGUGCGAGAUGAAGCGGAAUAGCACUGACUAAGCCCGGCCCCAGCACAUCUCUAACGCGCACCCCAUCCCCGCACCGACCCUGGCUUCUCUACUGGGAAUUCUACAGAAAGGAGGAAAAAGCGAGUCUGGGUUAUGGGGAGAGGUUGAAGAAAAGUAGAAAAGGGGGUGGUUUGUUUCAGAUCCUGGGAAGGCUGAGGGCCUGCCUCUUUCCACAGUUCUUUGUUGUAGUUAUUACAAUUUUCAGUGGCUUCAAUGGAGUAGAAAUAAAUACUUGAAACUC